ACCACAACAUGGGGAACUGUAUUAUGGGGUCGCGGCAUUAGAAAGGUUGAGAACCACUGUCCUAUAUCUUUUUAUGGAUUUUAUAAGCCACCCAGAGUCUAUAUUAAAUAGAAUAUAUUAGAGAAUUUUUAUAGGCUAAAGCUAAGGCUUUAAGAAACCAUGAAUGCCCCUGAUUGACCUUACAUCUGUUGAAUUAAACACCAAAGCAUAUUAAACCCGAACAAUUUGACUAAUUUGGCAAUAGGCAGCAUAAGGUGUUACCAUAUAAAAGUGGCAAUUGUUUUAUGUUUUCAAAAUUGUUAUUGUUCUGUCUGUUAGCUAACUCUUUUAGCACACCAAGAAAAUACCUAGAACUCUGUAAUAGGUCAUUCUUUCCUGUCCCCCUAAUACAGAUAGUUUCCUGCCUUUUUUAAAAAAAAAAAUGCUACGGAUGUGAAUGAAAAUAUUAUAUUCGCUUAAGAAUUUGAGGGCUACUAAUCCAAAACUGAAAUCCUGCAUAAUCUUACUUGGAAUUAAAUCUCACUGAAUUUAGUACAACCUAUUUUUGAAUACACAUAAAUAGGAUUUGGCUGAAAAUACUAUAGAUAAUCCAAUAUACAACAGUGACUAAACACACUGGGCAAAAUGGAUUUAAAUGAGCAUAGGCUUGUAAUUAUGAAGUAUUUCUUCAUUCUUUAAAAUAUUUAAUAAUCCAAUUGAUAAACUGCUAAAAUAACACACACACACACACACACACACACACGUUAAAAUAACUGUUAACAAAUUAACAUUUUCACACAAAAAAGAGAUUUUGAUUUUUAAACCUUUCUGAUAAAAAUUUCCAGAUCUACAUCUUUCUACUCAAAUAAUUUUCAAUUAUGACUUGCCAAUGAUUUUCAAUUAUGACUCUAUGAAUGACUCAACAAAAUUCACAUGCUGUUGUUUAUAUAAUCUCUUGUCUUUUUAAAAAGUUGCUUAAACCUUUAAUUACCCUUUAGUAUAUAAACUGAAUGUUGCAAUAUCAGGAUUAUAGUCCAAGAUGACUGUGUAAACUUUAAAAAACACUUUUAUAUUAUUCUUCUAAAUCUGGUUAAUUGCUAAAUUGUUAGUAGAAAAGAGAUCUAAUUCCACAAAUAGUUAAACAGCAACAAAUUUUGGAGACCAGAAAGAUCAAAGUACUGAACUGCGGAGAAGCAAGAAAAAACAAUUUUGUGAUACGCUUCUGUAAGCAUCAGCUUUCACGUUGAAGAACCUGUAUGCAGUCUACAGAUUAACCACAACUCUGAUAUUUUAUUUGGAACUAUAGGAUGUGUAGUUCAAUAAAAAAUAAUAAAGGUGGGGAAAAGUCUUAUAAAAAAGUAAAAUACACUAGUCUUAACUCAUUUAUCCCUUUAUCUUCAGUUAUUUACUGUCUGAUUUUUUUCAGUCCUGGACUCUGGACUUAUGCAACAUCAUCAUACCUGCCAAAACAGCCAACUGUGGGUUAGACUGGCUCCUUCCCUGUUAAUUUUCCUGAAGCCCCUCAAUACUUGGUUCUGUCUUUGGGACCCCAAGGGAUCUGUGAGUUGCUGAGGUGGCUCCAUUGCUGUUAAGAUCUGCCCAUUUAACCUUUUAAUUUUUAAAAAUAUUUUUAAUUAAUAAAAAUUAAAAAUAUAAUAAAGGCCUUUUAGUAAUAAAAUUUUAUUUAAUUAAAAAUUAAUUUUAACCCUUUUCAUCCCAAUUUUUAAUUUGCUGAAUCUGGUUUUUUUAUGACUGUUUUGUAGAUUUUAUAGUAGGCCGCCCAGAAUCACGCUUUUCCAUUUAAAUAGAAUAGAAUCAAAUAAUAAUUCUGUCACUUUAAAUGUUCGUUAAUCAGCAUACAUUAAAAUGAGAUUUCGUUGCACACAGCCCUCAAAGGGUAAGCACCUCCAAUAUACACUGCAUAAACAUAACCAUAAUAAUAAUGCAUAUAAUAAUAAUCGUGGCAACAAAAGCAUGAACGAAUAAAUAAACUUUUAUCUGGUGGUCGGACCCAAAUUGGCAGCGCAAGGCAGAAAACCACACAAUAUUUCAGGCCUAUUCCCCGCAGGAGCCACGAAAUAACAAACGCCCUUGACGUCUGCAGCACAAUCUGAGACAUCGAUCACUCUGGAUCUUCCACGCAGCCUAGUAACCUAGGCAACCACAAACAGGUGCCCAUCGAGAACCCGGUGCUCGAUUACCAGGCCUUUCGCUAAUUCCUCUCCCCGUUCCCUCUCUGGUUUGGAUAACGGUUUGAGUAGAUUAAUUCAGUAGAUUCUGAACCGUCGCCCGAAGACUAUUGACACGGAAGCGAACGUGAAAAGCCCGUUAAAAUAAAUAAAUAAAUAAAUAAGUCAAGGAUCGGGAAUGACGCACCGCCCGAGCAACCGAACCUGAGGCGAGGGCACCGCGCACGCGCACGGGGGGGGGAAACUCAUCGGGCCGCGAGUCGAGGGGAAGAAAAAAAAAAGAGGACGUUAUCCUGGCACUGCGCACGCGCAGUCUGGGGACGAAAGCGCGGAGGAAGCCCCGGCGGGCCGUCGCCGUCCCUCCUGCCCGUGCGUGCGCGCGCGCGCGCAUGCGCCCCGGGGGCUUUGACCCGGGUGCCUUCCGCCUGCCUGCUUCUAUGGAAGAAGCGCGUCGCCCGUUUGCUCCGCUGCCGCCGUCGGGGAAGGAGGCGAGAGGCGGAGCGCCAGGAAGAUGCCGGGAAAGCUGAAGGUCAAGAUCGUAGCGGGGCGGCACCUGCCUGUCAUGGACCGAGCCAGUGACUUGACGGACGCCUUCGUGGAGGUAAAGUUCGGAAAUACCACAUUUAAGACAGAUGUCUAUCCCAAAUCUCUCAAUCCUCAAUGGAACUCAGAGUGGUUUAAAUUUGAGGUGGAUGACGAAGAUCUACAGGACGAACCUCUGCAGAUAACUGUUCUUGAUCAUGACACUUACAGCGCUAAUGACGCUAUUGGAAAAGUUUACAUUGAUAUCGAUCCUCUUCUCUACAGCGAAGCAGCUACGGUUAUUUCUGGCUGGUUUCCAAUUUAUGACACAAUACACGGUAUACGUGGGGAGAUCAAUGUGAUGGUGAAGGUAGACCUUUUUAAUGAUUUAAACCGUUUUAGACAAUCGUCAUGUGGAGUAAAAUUUUUCUGCACUACGUCUAUUCCGAAGUGCUAUAAAGCCGUAAUUAUUCAUGGAUUUGUAGAAGAACUUGUAGUUAAUGAAGAUCCAGAAUAUCAGUGGAUAGACAGAAUCCGUACACCAAGAGCAUCAAAUGAAGCCAGGCAAAGACUUAUUUCAUUAAUGUCAGGGGAACUGCAAAGGAAGAUCGGCCUGAAGGUACUUGAAAUGAGAGGAAAUGCAGUGGUUGGCUACUUGCAAUGUUUUGAUCUGGAGGGAGAAUCUGGCCUAGUAGUGCGAGCCAUUGGGACAGCCUGUACCUUGGACAAAUUAAGUAACACACCUGUAUUCUUACCUGCAUGUAAUUCCCCAUCCAAGGACAUAAAGGAGAUUCCUUUCAAUGAAGAUCCCAACCCCAAUCCUCAUUCAUCAGGACCCUCCACCCCUCUGAAAAACCAAAUCUAUUCCUUUUCACCUUCCAAGUCCUACAGUCGACAGUCCUCCUCUUCUGACACCGAUUUGAGUUUGACACCCAAAACGGCACUUCCCCUGUGGGGACCCAAGAUUUGCCUGCUUCCCAGUUCCCCAACCUUAUCUUGUCGUUCCCCACCACUUACAAAGCCCCGUCUUCUCUGCUCCGAAUCUAGCUCUAACCCUCUUCACCCUAGCCCAGUUCUCAGGAAAAGUAUUUCUUUCACUGAAGAGCUACUUCUGGCUGCUUCCGGAAUGGGAAGUGGUAGUGCUGGAAAAGAAGGGGGGCCUUUAAAAGCUCUGUUAAGACAACAAACUCAGUCAGCUCUGGAGCAAAGGGAAUUCCCUUUUUUCACUUUGACGACGUUUCCUCCAGGCUUCCUUCUCCACGUAGGUGGGGUCGUCAGCGCCCGCUCUGUGAAGCUCUUGGAUCGUAUCCACAAUCCAGCCUUUGUCGGAAUUAUGGGUAACACAAGAUCACACAAACUACUAGACUGGAAUAGUUGCAAUUCAGAUGACCCGGAAACACGGGAUGCCUGGUGGGCGGAAGUUCGUCAAGAAAUCAAAUCCCAUGCAAAGGCAUUGGGCUGUCAUGCUGUAGUGGGCUACAGUGAAUCAACUAGCAUUUGUGAGGAGGUCUGUAUUUUGUCUGCCUCGGGCACAGCCGCUGUGCUGAAUCCCAGGUUCCUCCAGGAUGGAAACAUGGAAGUCUGUUUGGAACCAAGGUUGUCAUGGCAGCCUGGCUACUUUUCCAUAGGGUCAGAGAAGGGAGAGGUUGAGUUUUUUCCUCAAAACCAAGAUAGUUCUUCUCUAUUAGGGCUAGAAGAAUCCUUACCUCUCGGUUGUGGCUUCUGCCACAUCCCCUACGAUGAGCUCAACAUGCCAUUCCCGGCCCGCCUCGCUUACUGCUGCAGCUGCAGGAAGCAGAAAGUGCCCGAUGUGCUUUUCACGACGAUAGACUUGCCUGUGGACGCAGUGGUGUUUGGAAAAGGAUGCCUCAUCCAAGCCAGGCUAUGCCGGCUGAAAAAGAAAGCCCAAGCCGAAGCCAACGCAACCUGCAUCAGUAAUCUGCUGCCAUUUAUGGAGUACGAAGUACACACUCAGUUGAUGAAUAAGCUGAAGCUGAGAGGGAUGAACGCCCUCUUUGGCCUACGAAUACAGAUCACGGUGGGAGAAACGAUGUUGAUGGGUCUGGCAUCUGCUACAGGGGUUUAUCUGGCUGCUUUACCUACUCCUGGUGGUAUUCAGAUUGCUGGAAAAACCCCCAGUGAUGCCACUUAUGAACAGCAUAUCUCUCAUGUGCAGAAGAAAAUCAAUGACACCAUCGCCAGAAAUAAAGAGCUGUAUGAGAUUAACCCUCCGGAGACCUCUGAAGAAAUUAUAGCUUCUCCCAUUCCAGAACCGAAACACCGGACCAGGUUGCUAAGAUCUCAGUCUGAAAGCUCUGAGGACAUUGCAGAAUUGGAUCUCUCUCAUGGCAAGAAAGACGCCUUUGUGUUGGAGAUUGAUGAUACGGAUGCAAUGGAAGACGUUCACUCUUUGUUGACCGAUAUUCCUCCACCCUCAGGCUUUUAUAGCUGCAACAUAGAAAUUAUGCCCGGAAUAAACAACUGGACUUCUGAUAUACAGAUGUUUACGUCUGUAAGAGUCUCCAGACUUAGCAAUGUUACCCUCACAAACCAAACUCUCAACAAGACCUUUAAUGACCUCUGUGAGAAUCUACUAAAAAGCCUUUAUUUUAAGCUCCGUUCGAUGAUCCCGUGUUGCCUGUGCCACGUCAAUUUUACUGUUGCUCUUCCAGAAGAUGAAUUAAUUCAGGUCACCGUUACGGCUGUUGCAAUAACUUUUGACAAAUACCAGGCUUUGCAAACAGCUAAAGCUGUAGAAAAAAACCCACAAAGAGCUUCCACAGACAAUGAAGAACAGCUACAAUUUCCAUUGGAGCUUUCUUCCGAUCCUCAUAUGCCUCAGCAAUUCUCACCGGCUAAAGAGGACAUGGAGAAUGCAAGUUCCCACGCAGGUAUAGCAGCUGGUCAAAGAGCCACUUCAGUUGAUUACAGUUCCUUUGCAGACAGAUGCAACAGCUGGAUAGAAUUCAUUAAACUGAAAGCUCAAACCAUAAGGCGUGGAUCAAUUAAGACAACCAUCUCCCUUGACAAGCCAAGUCCACUGACCGAAGGACUGUGCCGUAACCACCUGGGACCCACAGGAAUGAACUCCACUGUGCCCGUUGUGAAGAUGACACCGCUUUCUUUCAUCCCCGGGGCAAAAAUAACGAAAUACCUUGGAAUCAUCAACAUGUUCUUCAUUCGAGAAACCACUUCUUUGCGAGAGGAAGGUGGAGUGAGUGGGUUCCUGCAUGCAUUUGUGGCUGAGGUUUUUGCGAUGGUCCGAGCUCACGUGGCAGCCCUUGGGGGAAAUGCAGUGGUCUCCUACAUCAUGAAGCAAUGUGUGUUUAUGGAGAACCCAAACAAAAACCAGGCCCAGUGUCUAAUAAAUGUCAGUGGAGAUGCAGUCAUUUUUAUUCGUGAAUCCGAACUAGAUGGGGUGCCUGCCCAGUUUUCUGCUAUGGGUUCCACAAAAGAAACAACAUGAAGAACAGAGAUCGUCUUCAUUCGUGUGAUCAUAUUUCCAAAGGCUCUGGUGGCCAAGUUUUGUUUCUUAACGUUCCUUAUAUGAAGGACUGCUCCAUUUUGAACCAGCUUAAAACAUCUUUCCCAUUUCAUAAGAUCCACCUCAUAGCUCUCUGGGCAGAUGAAAGAACAUCUGACAGAAGAAAGAAACGGACCAUCUAUUGUUCUUCAGACUCCUCAGGAUAUUGGCCUGCAUUUUACAAUACAACCUUAGAAACACUCUGAGAUGCUAAUUCUUUGAUAAGGUGGGGGGGAGGGGAAUAUUUAUAUUGAAACUGGAAUAACUGGGAAAGCUAAAUCUACAUUUUCCAUAAAGGAAGAACUGGCGUUACCAUCGCCAGAUGUGCACUAUGCACUAGAGAACUUACCUGCUGGAAUAAGCGAGACUAAUAAGCAUCCUAAACUGGAUUUUGUGGCAUGUUUGUUGCUUUGUUUUCACAUGAGCGAGCUAUGAACUAUUUUUCUAUUGUAGUUUUUUUUUUUAAAAAAAAAAAAAAUAAAUUGCAGUAUUGAUUAUGAUGAAUUAGCCAAUGCGCAAAUGAUUGCUAUAGCCUGUCUUUCGAACAGCGGGACACGGGAACAAUAUUUCUCAAGGCGCUGAAACCCCAGCUGCGUUGGAAGAGAAGGUCAGGAUUUCGUUGGGUUGUAAAUGCUCCCGAAAUGGAGAAACCACAAAGGCCGCCAAACGCUACUACCCUUCCCUAAGCAGCACUCGGCUUUGGUACUCAAGACAGGGCUUGUGGUAAAUAAAACUAGAGUUUCAGAGAACCCUGGAUUGAUGAAAAAAGAAAAUGAAAAAAAGAGAAAAAAAACCUUAAGAAAUUGCUGACAGUGAUUCCAUGCCUAAAGAGGCACUUUGAAAAAUAGGGGAGAAAUUUGCAUCCAGCCAUCGAUGUUUUGAGUGGCGAUAGAACAACAGUCACCCAACAGAGAAAGAAGUCUCUUAAAAGUGGUUUCCUUGGUCCAGUUUCAGCUGAUAUUCUAUUGACAGAAUAUCCAUCAGAUCUCCCGAUGUUCAUCCUCCCUCACCAAACAUAUUCUUGAGUUAAGAAGGGUCAAGCCGAAAUGUUCUGGCGUUUUCCAAUAUGGAACUUGAAGUACAUAUGUAAACUUGAAUGUAAAUACAUGAGAAUUUAUUGGGUUAAAUUGCAGAAACUUCUAGAUUAUUUGUCCAAUUCAGAGAUUUCUUUGUAAGGAGAAUGUGAACAUCACAUUCCUAUGUACAUAAUAAAGCUUCUUUAUAUAAAUGUC